AUGGAAUUGGAUGAUAAUACAACUGGAUGGUUUGAUAUGCCAUUUGAAAUGCGAGAAACUGUUAUAAAUUAUAUGGAUCUUGCCACAAAAAUUCAAUUUUCACAAUGUUCGAAACUAUGUUCCGAAGAAGCUCAAAUACCUGAUUUGUGUUUUUAUUCUGUCAAUAUAACAAAUAAUCCUUACGAUGAAACCAAAGGUGUUUUUUUCGAAAUGCGGAAUAAGAUUGCUUCAGAAGAAAGAGGCGAAUCGUAUGUCGAUCGAUUGAUUGCAUCAAGAACAUUGGUUCUAGUGUGUGAUAUUCCUAUAAAAUCUGAAGAAGUAGAACAGAUGGAUUUAAGCUCAGAAGACAUAGAUCAAAUGAUUGAAGUUGAAACAAGAGAAAAAGUUACUGAUUAUGUAAUGUAUCUUUUGCAAGGUUUAUUGAAAUUUUUGAAGAAUUGCUUAAGAAGCUUGACGAUCAGUAUUGUGAGUUUCUUUGAAUUAAUAUACAAGGGAAGUUAGCCACACAAACGAAAACGACGAAAUAUUUGAGAGACGGUCAGAGAAAAAAAAAUUGUCAAUAGGGCGAACAUGCGUUGUUUAAUAAAAUAGUGACCUCAAACUCGCUUGCAAGCGUUUAAUGUAAAAUAGAAAUGAAUCGAAUUUAAAUAAGUACUUUAAACGGAAGAAAACUUCAAGAAUGUACAUUUUCAUAUAAAAUUACUUUUUAGCACCAGUUUUAGUAUAAAACUAUCGAAAAUCAACUAAAUUUGUGUUACGUUUACUAGGAAAAUAGAUAAAUAUGAAUUUCGCAACAAGUUUCAUUCAAAUUCAUGGAAAAGCAACAAAAAAUGAGUGAAUGAAAAAAUUUCCGAAAAAACAAAAACAAGAAAAUAAAAGUAAAAAUGAAAGUGCGCCCUAUUGAUGAAAAUUGCAUGGUUCGCACACUUUCAAAAAUGUGUGUGUGUGUUUCGUCGUUUCUGUUUUAAGUAUUAUCAGACUAAAAGGGGCUUAUUUUCAGCCCGAUUUUCCGUACAACAAGAUGAAAAUUGAAAAAAAUCUGAAUAAAUUGGAAUCAAUUCAUCUUUCUCCGAAUAAUAAUAAAGUCGAUCCAAUUAGUUGUGGAUUUAUUGAUUUUGACCAACUUUGCUCCAUGAAAAACAAAGUCACAAUUCCAAAUCUAACAUUCGAUCAAAUAUUUCAACUAAAAGCUUUUCGUAUUUCUGUUGGUUAUGAUGGCAGUGAAAAAUUUGACAUUGAACGAAUUGUGGAUCAUUUGUUUUCCAAUGGCAUUGAUCAAAAUGUAUAUCUAAUCUUUUUUCAAUCAAAACAGAAAUUAGAGGAUACUCCUGGAAUUUAUGCAAAAGUAAUUACGUGAGUUCCUUUCUCUUUACAAAUAUGUAUAAUAUUGAAGUUUGCAGGGCUUGUGGAUUCGAAUAUUUGUUCAAACGAAAUGACAAAAUGUUUAGCAUGGCUUAUGGAAGUGAUAACGAUUCAACAGUUAUUAUAAACUUUCACAUUUCAAGAUACAUAAAAGAAAGCCUAUUGACUAUUUUAUAA